AACUUUCGACAGAAAACACAUCCCGCGCCCGGAGCGUCGGGACACCUACGGCCGCAGGCCCCCACCCAGAAGGAGAAGGUCGUCAGGGCGCAGGCGCAGAGGUCGCCAGUCCCACCGCCGUCAACAGGUCUGGUGCGCCUCCUGGCGGCGGCCGCAAGCCACGCCCCCACCCCCGGGCGGAAAUGGCUACUUGGACUCGGGGCGCAUGCACGAGUCCCGGGAGUUCUCGCGAGAGAAAGCGGCCCCAAGGGAGACUUCCGGUGAGGGGGCAUCAGACGCUCAAGUGGGAACGUCCGCCGCUAGGCCGAGGGGCGCGGGGCGCUCGAGGAGGCGCGGGCCGGGUCUGCGGGGGCGCGAGCCAGAGAACGGGUGGUGGGCCGGGCCGGGGGAAGCCAGAGGAGGGCCGGGCCCCGCCGCGCCUGCCGCCAUGGACCCGUUCCUGGUGCUGCUGCACUCGGUGUCAGCCAGCCUGUCGAGCAGCGAGCUGACCGAGCUCAAGUUCCUGUGUCAGAGCCGCGUGGGCAAGAGGAAGCUGGAGCGCGUGCAGAGUGGCCUGGACCUCUUCUCCGUGCUGCUGGAGCAGAACGAGAUGAGCCCCGAGAACACCGUGCUGCUCCGCGAGCUGCUCGUCUCCCUGCGGCGCCAGGACCUACUGCGGCGCCUGGAAGACUUCGAGGCGGGCGCGGCGGGCGGGGCCGCGCCGGAGGAGCGAGAGCUGCGGGCAGCGUUUGACAUCAUCUGUGAUAACGUGGGGAAGGACUGGAGGAAACUGGCUCGUCACCUCAGAGUGUCUGACGCCAAGAUUGAAGCCAUUGAGGAGAAGUAUCCCCGGAACCUGGCAGAGCAGGUGAGGGAGUCGCUGAGAGUCUGGAGGAGCAGCAGGAGGGAGGAAGCGGCCGUGUGCCACCUGGUGAGGGCGCUCAGGGCCUGCCGGCUGAACCUGGUGGCAGACCUCAUCGAGGAGGGUCAGCGGGCCCGGGCCCUCCAGAGCGAGAGUAGGGACCCCGUGUCCCCUUCGUCCUGGGACUCAGACUCGCCCGCCUCAGGGGCCUCCCGAUGACCCGCUGCUCUUCUCCAGGACCAACGGCAUCGACCCACUCUGCACUUCGGUUCCCUCCACCGCAGUUGACCGCGUGCCAGCGCGUGAAGACCCGGCAGGGAGCCGGGUGAGGGCCCACGCGAGCUCUGGGCACUGUGAUCACCCUCAGAGGGAGAUGCUUUCAUCCCCGUUAAACGAGGUCCUACCGGAGGCCAUUGCGGGCCACAUCCGACACGUAGGAGGGACCUAUAAAAGGUAGUGGGUAGGGUUAUAAACCUGGCCGUUGUCCAAGUGAGGAAGCGCAGAGUCGAACCGGAGGCAAGUCAGUAGUAGUGGGGGCUGGGCUGGGGGCCAGCGCUGUCCAGCUCGGGAGCCCGCGCGUGGGACCACUGGCUCCUCCUGCUGUCCCCGCCGUUGCCAGAGGCUUUGAGGCGGGCGGUGUAGACCCGUCUCCCGGGGCAGGUGGCAUGGGGGGUGAGGCGCUGCCUGUGAGGUGCUUAGAAGAUGUGGGCACAGGGCUGGGCAGAGACUAGUUCAGAGAAGUAGAUGAUGCCUGUGAUUCCACAGUGUGUUACUAUUUUGUGUCAAAACCCACUCGCUUUCUGAUAACAGAGUUGGCAAGGGAGCUGGAGCCUCUGAUUGUAAGAAGUAAUCUUUCUUCCUGCUUCUCAGGGAACCCUACUGAAGUGAGGGCCUUUCCAGAGGAAACCUCCACAUGCCAAAGAAUUUUCUCUUCCCAUUGAUGAUGAUUUCAUUUUACAUGCUCUCAGAAUUCCAUAGUAGUCGAUUUCAGUGUCCCUUGAAGGUUAUUACAGGCCCAGCCUGGCAGUAGGGUGGCUGCAUUUCAUAACAGCUCCGGGGACCACUGACAAGGGGAGUGCUUAGGGCGUGGGAUGAACUAGGAGAUUGGGAUUGACAUAUACGCACUACUGUGUAUUGUGUAAAGUGGCAGAGAGCCUAGCGUUCAUGCCUUGCGCCUUCUUGCUGUGACCUUGGGAAAGCUACUUGUGAUGUCAUGCCAUGCCGCCUUGACCUUGGGUUGCUGAGACCCUAGCGACACUCCCCACGAGGCUGUGGACCCAGCCUUCAGCAGGUACUUAGUGCCAGACACUGCUAGGAGCUGGGGUCAUGCAGCAGACAAGGCAGAAGUGGCCCUACUCUUGACUCCGAAAGCCUGGCCAGGAACACGGGUGUUAU